UGUCUGUGUCCGGGUCGCUCGCUGUUCCCUGAGUAGUCGCUACCGCUCGGUUCCUCGCUCCCACCGCAGGCGUACAGCCGCUUCUGGGAUCGGUGCGGCGAACGGCAGGGCGGCAGCGCUCAGCGCCUGUGGGGAACAGUGGAGCGGGGCAGGACGGGACGGGGCUUCUCUCGUCUCCUCACCGCCGGUUUCGGGAGGCGAUAGCGGCCGGGGGCGGUGAGCCCCGGGGGGCCUCGGCUGCGGGCCCCGCCCCGAGGAAGGACGAUGCCGGUGAAGAAAAAGAGGAAGUCCUCGGGGUCGGUGGCUGCAGCGGCGGAUGACACCGGCCUCAAGAAAUGUAAACUCGGCAGCUAUUGCAGAUCGCAAGCCUCUGGUAAAGUGAUAAGUGGAGAGGAACAUUUUUCAAGCAAAAAGUGCCUGGCUUGGUUUUAUGAAUAUGCAGGUCCAGAUGAAGUGGUGGGACCUGAAGGAAUAGAGAAGUUCUGUGAAGACAUCGGUGUCGAGCCUGAGAAUAUUAUUAUGUUAGUUUUAGCCUGGAAGCUAGAGGCCGAAAGCAUGGGAUUUUUUACCAAGGAAGAAUGGUUAAAAGGAAUGACCUCACUACAGUGUGAUUGUACAGAAAAAUUGCAGAGUAAAUUUGACUUCUUACGGUCACAGCUGAAUGACAUUUCAUCCUUUAAGAAUAUCUAUAGAUAUGCCUUUGAUUUUGCAAGGGAUAAAGACCAGCGAAGUCUUGAUAUUGAUACUGCAAAAUCCAUGUUAGCUCUUCUGCUUGGAAGAACUUGGCCAUUGUUUUCAGUAUUUUAUCAAUACCUAGAGCAAUCGAAGUAUAGAGUUAUGAACAAGGAUCAGUGGUACAAUGUGCUAGAGUUCAGCAGAACUGUUCAUGCAGAUCUUAGCAACUAUGAUGAAGAUGGUGCAUGGCCUGUACUUCUGGAUGAAUUUGUUGAAUGGCAAAAGGUUCGUCAAUCGUCAUAGCAAGAAUUCAAGAGAAAAUGCAAAAGUGUUUCUGGAGCCCACCUGUACACAAACUAACGAGAAAAACAAAGGAUUGCAUUUUCAUUCUUAAGAAAGACUUCAGAGUAUUGUUUUCUUCCUUUUCUAAGGAAAUCUUGUUACAUGUGAUAUGGGCAUUGAACCACACCUCUUCUGAGACUGAAAGUUGGAGUUCUUGUUUUGAGUCUUAUGUUUAUAGCAUUUAUUUCAGAACAAUAAAGAUUGAGACUUGUGACAAAGGCCUAAAAGUGAA